AUGGCCCAGUGUUUUGGAGGGACAGUUCAGCCCCCUCAGAACCGUGGUGCUUCCACGUCAUAAUGUCUUAAAACAGCAUCGUAUUUUUCUGCUCUGAGCGUGCAGUGACGUCACACGCCGCUCUGACAUCAUUUUACCCUAUGGCGUAACGCAGAGGAGUAACAGAGGUUGUGGUAGUAGGCUGUGAGCAGGCCCUACUGCUCUCUUUUGGUCCACUAACUCUGGGAGAAUGGCUUCACCUCUGAGGGGAAAGCCCUCUGUGCCACGGGUGGAGACCACUCACUGUAAAGAGACCUCGACAGUCCGCGUGGAGACAUCGUCCCACCGCGUGGAGACAUUAUCUCGGCAGGUGCGAACGUCUUCCCGGCAAGUGGAGACCACCCAGCGCCACCAUGAAGAGCCUUCUCAUUACCCCUCUGGAAAGCGGCUCCCACAUGUCCUCGAGGUGACUUCCCAGCACGUGGAAACCUCCUCGCAGCGCUCAGAAACGACCUCCCACCACAUCAGGGCCUCGUCCCUCCGGGUAGAGACAUCUCUGCACCGCAUGGAGAGCCCGGUUCGGCGGGACAAGCAGGCUGCACGCCAGAACGUGAAAACGACUCGAUGAAAUACUCUCCAAGGGCCAUGGCCAUUAGCCAGGACAGAAGUGCUUCUAGCUUCCAGUCAGCCGGCUGCCAAGAGGACCAGUCAUCUUUGAUUUCAUGAAAACAGCCCAUAAAUCAAUGUGAGAAAUAGCCAAACUGCCCUUUCUGGCCUUUAUUGACCAUACUGCACCUUGGACCAUCCUACUUUUGACCCAGUGAACUAUUUUAACUGGAAGCCAAGACGAAGGAUUUUCAGCCCCAUGAUCCUGUAUAAAUUGGGUUGAUGGACAAAGAAAUUGAGUCUCUGAACCAGAACAUGGAAGACUGCUUUGAACAUGACGCUGGAAAAGCCAAACACCUGGUUUCUGCAUGAUUGAUUCUCCAGGACACAGGAGCUGGGUAGCUACUUCUUGUCCUUGUCUCAUAAGAGGAUUUCUUCCUCCAGAUUUUAUUUAUUCAUAUUUCAAAGCCAAAGUUCAAAGAGAUACUCAUAGUCCAAGAAAAUGUCAAGGCCAGACACCUGAAGGAAAAAAAAAUACUGUCAUACAUACUGUUUUACAGGUACCACAGCUUUAAAAUGUUGUUGUUUGUUAAAGAUGCCUAUUUUUCAUAAUUCUUAAUGUAUCUGCAUUUUAUGUGUGACUCGCACUGUGUGUCGUCCUGUCCUCCUCACAGUAUCCUCUCUUGGAAGCUCCAAAAGAACAUGUGGACCUGUGACAUAUUAUUAAUGCUGAGCACAAUGUGUGUACUAUAAAGAAUGAAGAGCACUUCUAGUCCUCCUUUCCAAACCAAGAGAGCCUUUAAUGGCUCAACCUAAUGAUCCAUUGGAUUUAUUGUGCUAGGUAAUUAUUGUGACUUACCUUCAUUUGUAGCCAACUAGGUUAGUUUGAAAAACUAAAUAAAACUUAGUAAGUAUAAAUCCUUCCAAGAAGUCAGCACUUCUCUCAUUCUCUUCUAUUUAUAUAGAAGCUGAGGGCACUUUACAAAAUUGAUUACAUUUAUUUACUGUCUUGUUUUGUUAGAAAUACUUGAAAUGAAAAAAAAAAUGGUAUCGAUAGGGUACUCUUUCCCCAGACUGCAUAAGUCAUGGGAAAAACCAGGAGUCCAGCCAGCAAGGUGCUUGGCUCAAGUCCUUGUCUAGAUUUUCCAGAAAUCCUAUUCGUUCUUUCUGUUGCUCCCAUCUUAGUAUGGUAAAUACAAGCAUGGAGGCCCUGCAUACUUGAUCUGUCCUCUACUAGUUUAAGUAACUUUUACCUCUGCUUGUCCUGCCCAUAGCCUAAGUCCUUUCCAUUUUCAUUGUUCUGUGGGUUAGAACUACAUGGCUUCAAGUAGGAACUACUAUGGCUUUUUUCUCACAUUAGUGCUGUAGAGUAAACUAUCUGAAAUAUAUAUUUUACUGGGUAAUUUUUAAAUUAUUUUCAGAAUAUUAAAAGUGUUUCCUCACUGUCCAAAAAAGCCACCAAGUCUAUCCUUUAUUCCUCUGUACAUGGGCUUUUCUGUGGCUUCUUUUAAGAUUAUCUCGUAAUCAUUCGUUUAAAUGAUUUGAUUAUGAUGUGCCAUAGGUUCAUUUUCUUCAUGUUUCUUAUGUUUUGGGUUCAUUGAACUUUUUGUAUUUUUAGCUUUAUAGUUUUAAUGAAAUUUAGAAAUUUGGGGGUUAUUAUUUCUUCAAUUAUUUUUUUCUUUCUCGUUUUCCCCAUGGAUGUCAGUUACAGGUCUAUUAGGCUACUUGAAGCUACCUCAUAUCUCACUGGUGCUCUGUUCUUUUUUUUUUUUUUGUCUUUUUUCCUGAUGUCUCAUAGUUUUUUUUUCCCACUGGAUAGUUUUUUAUUGUUUUGUCUUCAAGUUCAUUAAUCAUUUUUCUGGAUUAUCUGAUUUAUCAUAAAUGCCAUACAGUGUUUUUAAAUCUCAUUUGUUAUUAUUUUUAUCUCUAGUAAUUCAAUUUGAGUCUUUUAUUAUACAUUCUAUAUAUAAAACACAUUCUUCCCUGUGUUAUUUUUAUAUCUACUGACAUGUUCAAUCUUUCAUCUGGUUUAUUAAAUAUAUGCAAUAUAAUUUUAAUAACUGUUAACACCUUUGUCUAAUUCUAUCUGUGUUAUCUCUGGAACAUUUUCUAUAGAUUAAUUUUUAUCCUCCUUAUGAGUUGUAUGUUUUGUGUCUGAUUUUUUUGUUUGCAUGCCCACCAUGUGAAUAUUCCCCCCCACCCCCUGGUACUGGGAAUUGAACUCAGGACCUUGCAUUUGCUAGGCAGGCGCGGCACUACUGAGCUAAAUCCCCGGCCCCCAGCCAUGUGAAUCUUAACCUCAUUGAAUGUGGGAUAUUUUUGUAUUCUUACAAAUACAAAAUAUUCUUGAACUUUGUUCUAGUAACUUUUAAGUUAAUUGGAAAUAGAUUGAUCUCCUUUGAGUCUUGAUUUUAGGCUAUUUGUUAGAUUCAGAGUGGUGUUAAAUGAAAGAUUAAUGCUUUUCUACUACUGAGGCAAAAAAAUUUCUAAGUCUUCUCCUUGAUCCCCCUGAGUUCUGUGGUCUCUACCUUAGCUGUUGGAAAUAAGCUCUGUUCCUAGUGUAUGUGAGCUUUGGGGAGUGCUCCUUUUCUUCAGAUGGUGUUUUUCCUGACUUAGUUUCCUCACACACAUGCAAUGAUCAGUUCUCAGCUGAAUACUAAUAGGGACCUUUACUUGUCUCUAGAGUUCUCUUUCUGUGCAACACUCAUUUUCUGUAUACUUCCCUAUGCAUCCUAGCUGUAUUACCUUCCCUGUACAGUACUUCUAGCUUUUUCUCCUCAGCCCAGAAAGAUGAUAGUACUCUGCCAAAGUUCCUCCUCCUUGUAUUGCAGCUGGAAGGCUUUCUUCAGAUAGUAAGCUAUCAGUUAUUCUAGGUAAGAGGGUGAAUCUAUGCCCUUCUGGCCAGAAACCUCCCUAUAAUUUAAUAUAAAAAUUUUUGGAGAUUAAGUUUAUAAUUUAGUUUCUAGGUAACAGAAUGUUCAGAUGGAACUGUGAACAACUUUAUGGAGUUAUUUUCAUAUCUCAAAGAUGGAUGGUAUCACUGUCUCACAGAGACGAAUACAAUGACUUCUGGGACUUCAUGUGUCUUUUUGAGGAAGAAGUAAUAGUAUAUUAGAAAAACAUUUGGGGAGAGGUACAUAAAUUUAAAAAUAAAUGGUGCUUGGCAAA